CUAUCAUCAUCAGCAUCAUCAUCAUCAUCAUCAUCAUCAUCAUCAUCAUCAUCAUCAUCAUCAUCAUCAUCCCUAUUUUGCAAGCACAUGGCGGCUGCCGCUCUGUGGGUCAUGCAUCUGGUGCCGCCUCCACCAACAACAAUAGACUGCAGCUCGCUGCGCUUCAGAGCUGAUGCCGUGGCCCACCUUGGGAUCACAAGAGCAGCGGGUCCACAACCAACUCCUCAUCCUCCAGGUCAUGUAAUUAGAGGAGUCCCCAGGGGUCUCUCGUCCAUGAUAACACGGGAAAGGCCGGUUUUUGCUUAUCCUCUCUUUUCUUCACCACGAUUCCACAUGCGCUUAUGCACGGUGCUCCACAUGACGGCCGAGCUUCGGCCUUGUUCGUUCACUUAUCUAUGGCACAGUUGGUUUAUUAUGAGCUCGAAAUAGCUCCGCAGCAAAAGCUGGGCAUACUGGGGCUUGCAAGUCGCAGCGUUCAGACGUCGCCAACAGAAGGCCCGCGUGGAAGACCCCAGGUCAUAUGAGACUUCCUCCUAUAAGCCCCCCUCAUUGUUUCCAGUCAAGAAUGCCUUGU